UUAAUGACACAUUUCCAAGUAUAGUUCAAAAUGCUGAGAAAUGUUACUUUUAAAAAUCUAAAUGGAUUUAAAAAAACCUUCUCAUAUGGCCUUAUUUACCUUUGUGUGACCAAGUGAAGAUGCCCUUCUCCUUUUCUCAUGGAAUACAUUUAUGAUUUAUAUAUUGCAUUUAUUAUUUAUAUGUUACGGUAGAUUUAGAAAAAUCAAGGAACCGGAUGUUCUCUGCAGCAGAAACCAAGAAAUCAAACUUUCUUUUAUUCAUUAAUACACAUCUUCAGUUGAAGUGACCCAUUUAGAGAAAUCUACAGCUUGCUUUUUUUCUGUUCUCUAGAUAUCUCUUUUCCAAGGAACUCAAACAUUCCUGCUUUUUCCCAAAACAACUUACUAGUUGUGACCUCACAAUGCUAUAAAGUUGGUUAGAUUACAGGUAGCUGGAAUCACCCUGAAUUCCUUUGAGUAACAUUGGGAAUUGAGUCUUUCAGUCCAAUCAAAUAAUGUCUAUUCCCCUCACUAAGAAUUUGUAUUGCUGUUGGGUUCAGACUUCAAAAGAGGCCAUUACCUAAUUGUGCAAACUCAGCUAUCAUUUGCAAAUCAUGGAUUUUGGCUAAAUGUUUAUUGUUUAUUGGCUUACUUGUCUUCUUUUAUGAGUGUCCAACACUCACCUUGAAGAUUACAGGGUGAGAAGGCAGAGUAGAAUUUGCCACAUCAAUACUUAGCGUACACCCUUUUUAGGCUUAAGGAUUAUCCUCUUCAGUAUUUAUCCUCAUCUCCAGGGCAAGGAGAACGAGAUAACGGCAAGUACUGAGUGCUUUAGCCAUAAAUAAACAAAACCUCUUUUUAACUUAAAAUGACUUAAUUUGCAUUUAGAUUUGUGAGGUUAUUGAAUGCUGAGGGAACUGUCACUCAACUUCAUCCUAUGCAAAUACAGGCUGUCUGGGAAAACGCCACUCCGACAGACUUCUCCCUCCCCCUCCCCCGCGCCAAGUAAUCGGAACACUUAGACCAGCCUUAACCUUCCGCGGACCUAAAAAAAACAACGCCGGCGACGCUCAGAAGGACGGGAUGCGUUGGCAUCACCUCGAAGCAGUGCGGAGCCGCAGCCUAAGUUGAAGGAACGGCGGGCUGGCGAUCGCUUGCACCCUCUUGCCGGCAUCUGGGGGCGUGUUUCUACGUCGGGAAGGCGGCCGCUGCAGCAGCGGCCACCACCUCCCUGGUUUCCCCUCCGCCUUCCUCUCAAGUUUGAGCUUGUUUUUGAACCGGGCGACAGCGGCGGGGAGGGCAGCUCCCUCAGGCGUGGUUCUGAGGGAGCCAUGAAGAGCCGGGGGCGAUGGAGGUGGCGAUGGCAGCUCCACCGGCGAUUUGCGCUGGGCUUAGCCGCCUACACGCUGCUGCUCCUGCUGCUUGUGUCUUACACGCUGGAUUAUGGAGCCAGAAGGGGGCGCGCGGGCGAGGAGGCGCAGCUGCCCCACCGCUGCCCCAGCCUGGAGGAGGCGCUCGGCGACUGGGGUUGGGAAGAGCCGCCGCCGCCGCCGCCACCACCGGCGGCGGGAGAGGCUGAGGGCGGGAACGGGACCGGGAGGGAGCCCAGCCCGGGGAGCAGAGCGGGCGGGAAACGGCACAUCUAUUUGCACGCCACUUGGCGCACCGGCUCGUCUUUCCUGGGAGAACUGUUCAAUCAGCACCCGGAUGUCUUCUACCUGUACGAGCCCAUGUGGCACUUGUGGCAAGCGCUCUAUCCGGGCGACGCGCUGAGCCUGCAGGGCGCCCUCCGGGACAUGAUGCGCUCUCUCUUCCGCUGCGAUUUCUCGGUCCUGCGCCUCUACGCAACGCCGCCGGCCGGGCGCGACCCGCUCAUCCCCUUGCCCGCUUCGUUCGGGGCCAAGUCGGACAGCGGGAGCGGCAACCUGAGCACGGCGAGCAUUUUUGGAUGGCGGACCAACAAGGUGAUCUGCUCGGCGCCUUUUUGUCCCCACGCGGCCCGGGCCCGCGCCGACGUGGGCCUCGUCGACGGCACCGCCUGCGAGCGGAGCUGCCAUCCCCGUCCGCUGCGGGAGCUGGAAGCCGAGUGCCGAAAGUACCCGGUGAUGGUGAUCAAGGACGUGAGGCUGCUGGAGUUGGGGGCGCUCCUGCCGCUGCUGCGGGACCCGGACCUCAACCUGCACGUCAUCCAGCUUUUCCGCGACCCCCGCGCCGUCCAUAAUUCCCGACUCAAGGCCAAACAGGCGCUGCUCCGGGAGAGCAUUCAGGUGCUGCGGAGCAGGUAUCACGCCGAGUUCCGAGGACUGCCCCGCCGGCAGCUCCCGCUCGCGGCCGCCGCGGCCAUCGCCGGGGCCGUCCGGACACAACCGCAGCACCGAGCCGAAUUCUUCCUGGGCGGCGCCCUGGAGGUGAUCUGCCAAGCCUGGCUGCGUGACUUGAUCUUCUCCCGCCGGGCCCCCGCCUGGCUACGCCGCCGGUACACGCAAGUGCGCUACGAGGACCUGGUGCUGGAGCCGCGAGCCCAGUUGCGCCGCUUGCUGCGUUUCGCGGACCUUCCCGCGCUGCCCGCCCUCGAGGCCUUCGUCUUCAACAUGACCCGCGGGGCAGCCUACUCCUCGGAGCGCCCCUUCCUCAUCUCUGCCCGCGAUGCGCGGGAAGCCAUCCACGCCUGGCGGGAGCGGCUCAGCCGGGAGCAGGUGCGCCAAGUGGAGGCUACCUGCGGAGAGGCCAUGAGGCUCCUCUCCUACCCGCCCAGCAGCGAAAAGGGCGUUCGACGUGAUUCCGCUAGGGGACGCUCCGGCGCUUCUCCUCAUCCAGGCUAAUAGACCAGUUGCUCGCUUACGACAGAAGAUCUCUGGAUGGAGCUCUGCCUUCUAAAGACACUGGAACCAUCAAUGAACUGCAAUUUCUACUGUAAAUUCUGCAUAGCAGAAUGAAUACUGACAAGCUUUAAUGAAAUUAUUUUUAUUAUGAAGAAAAACCUUUUAAAUAUUACAUUUGUCACAGUGCAAUAUCUGUGCCCCUCUAGGUUUUGAAGUGUUUAUCUUCAGUCAACGAAUGUGUUACCUGUUUUUAUCAUACUUGUGACAGUCAAACCACCUACUAUACCAAGUAAAAACACAAGAGUGGAAUUUAGAAUCUCAGGCAAGGCAAUCCAGCUAUGACUUUUGACUUUUUCAACCUACCCAAAGACUUGUCAACAACAGAAGCAGAAAUCUUAAAGAUCUGUUGAUUACUCCUCCCACAUUUUCCCCUUAAAAAUGUCAUCAUUUUUCUUUUUUGGUUUUUCUCCUCGUACAAAAUAAUAGCAUACUUAUAUAAGUAUUUUUUUUUCCAAAUCAGGAGUGUGUCUUGGGGAUGAAUGAACCUUGUAUCUUUUGGACCUAAACAUUCUUCCGCUGUCCCUGCAUCUGUCCCCUUUUGAGCUAAUACAAUGAACAGGAAUUUCCAGUAUCAAAAAUAGAAAUUGGUGUGGAGGAGUAGAAAGAAAGUCUUACUCAUUUUUGAUUUCAUAAGGGGAAAGCCAAUUUACCUAGAGGUUUGGAAAUUGUCCCAAUGUAUAUAGCUUUUAGUAGACUAGUCAUACCGAAAUCUCUUUAUGAAAUCCCUUUCAUAAACAUAAAGCCUCAACUCUAGAUUUGUGCAAAAUGGUGCUAUCUUAUGAAGUCACAUCAAACUAAAUUGAAAGAACAAUUUGUUUUAAGGCACAGCCAAGAUGCUUCUGCCUCAGUGCCUGAGAUGGAUGACUUCACUUCACCAAAAGUAUUGACAGAAGGACCUUCUCCGCAUGCAUGCACAAAAGCCUAUAGAAAGCCCUCAAAGCAGCCCUAGUUAGGGCAUCCCUUAGACUGAUAUCAAGGAAGAGUCCUGACUAAAGAAGGUAUAAGAUAAAUAGUAUCUUCUAGCUGUUUUUAAAGCCCUCCCUUACCAUUUCUUCUCUCUCAUUUGAUUCUCUCCUUUCCUUAAAAGUUUACUGUCAACAAGAUUACAACUAUUGCUGUUACUAUGCUGAUGACUUGAAGCAGCAGAUGUUCAUUUUUAUUGUUUUAAAUGAAAUUGAUCAUAUAAUACAAGAAAAUGCACUCUGUAUUGAAUUUAAUUUCAACUUUUUUUAAAAGUCUAAAAAUGGCCAUUGGCUCAAUAAAUUAAAAUAUGGACUGAUUUUUAUUGUCGAAAGUAUUAUUAUUACUAUAGACAUUGGGGCAAGGGAUUAAACUGACACACUUGUGACUUUUGUAACCAGAAAAGGGGGGUCAUCUUGACUAAGAAAACCAACUUCAAAUCUAAUGCUGGUCUUCACAUAAUAUGAUGAAAAUGGUGGGUAGACAUCAUGUGUUAAACAAAUGUUAUAUUGCAAACCAAAUGGCUGUAUUCAAGCCUAAGCCAAAACAAACUAUAUUAUGAUGGUCCUGUUUUAUGAGAUAAUAAAAAGCUUUCUGUAGUUUUGCCUUAGGCCCUGAAGUCUGUAAAUUAUGGGUUCUUUAUGCAUUGCUUUAACACAGCCUAAAGUUGAAAGUUUCAAUGUUUAAUGUUUCUAAUUGGUAGUUUCCCAUAUCAUAGUAAGUAAAAUCCAACCAAAGCAAUACAUGAACCCAGCCAUUCUGUAAGAGCAGAAUAUAGAGGUGGUGUAAGCAGAGAUGACACUGAAAUCUUUUUAGAGAAUUAGGUCGUAUUUGGUGGCUGUGAUCAAAGGUUGUGUGUUGAACCAUAAUAAUGUUUGUUGAUUUGCACAUAAUAGAAUCUGUGAACCCAAUUGUAGCUUCAGCAAUGAUGACUAAGUGUAAUGCAGCAUUGGCUUAGUCCCUAAAUUCAUUCUAUGAUAUUUGAUAUUUUAGGCUACAAAAAAGGAGUUUUCCUAGGCCUUUUCAUGGUUAUCUCUAUUAGAUUGUCCUUUUAUGUUCUUGCAAAAAAGUUGAGACAAAGUUUAUAAACAAAGUUUAAGGUACGGCCAAUCUGUUAUAUUGCAUUUGAUGCACAGCUGUGCUUAUGAAGACACAAGUUCAUGUAAAAUUUAUUAUAGGAGAGACUGUUAUUUUUUAUUACAGCACUAGAGACCAACAUUUGUUUAUAAGAUGUAUGUAGAUCAAACUUUGCUUCUUCUCAAUCAGCACCAAAUUAAUCAACUAAAAAACAAAGGAAGAUCAUAAAGAGUUGCGGUUUUACUUAACCACUGCCUCACUAUGUGCUACGGGUCCCAAUUGUUGCUAAAUGAGACUGUGUGUAAAUCAAUUCUAGUACAAAGAAAAAUCGAAUGAGAAGGAAAUAGUGCAAAAUUAUGCUGAGAACUCCCCUUCCUCCAAGCUGAAGGUGACUAAGUUGUUUGAAUGUUAGUUAUCAGAUCUUGGACCUUUCCAUUUGAGAGUUAACCUUUUGGGCUAAACUGAGAUGGAAAAGUGGCUAGUACUAUCUGGAAAUCAUACACUGGAAACAAAACAAGAUAAAAUGUGCAAUGAAUACUUAAUACCAGAGAGCAGGCUGCAAAUAUUUGGUGUGCCAAUCAGCGGUAUAGUAAGUGGCAUGCUCGAAACUAGUGGUCAUGGUACUGAGCCCUGGAGGAGUUGAAAAUGCUUGGUAGCAUUCUUUUGGGAUAGAAGCAGCAAAUUUAUUGACUUUUCAAACAAUGCUCACAGGCCACAUGCAUUGUCUAUUUUCUGCUUCAUGUUGUUGGCACUAGCACAAGUGGAGCAUUACAGAUAUGGUUUCUAUAAAAUUACCAUAACAGAAUAGCUAGAAAACUUUGAGAGAUUAUUGUUUUAGAGGCUGGUUCUACUUUCAUUGACGUAUCUAGAUUGGUUUUAUAAUUGCUAUAUAGGUAAUCCUCGAUUGACAAUCACAAUUGGGACAGGAACUUCCAUCGGUAAGCAUUGUAGGCAUUAAAUGACUUGCAUCCAAUUUUUUUUACCUUUUUGUCACAGUUGUUAAGCAAAUCAUCAUAGGCCAUUAAGUGAAUCUACCUUCUGCCAUUGAAUUUUCUUGUUGGAAGCUGCUGGGAAUGUUGCAAAUGUUGAUAAUGUGAUCCUGGGAUGCUGCAACCGUUGUAAAUUCAUAUUUAUUAUCAACUUUUUGUUAAUCCAAUGUUUUGGAUUCCACUAUUUUCACUAUUUGUUUCACAUCUGUCAUUGCUUCUGGCUACUAAUUUCUGGCCUCAUCAUCAAAGACUUUUAAUAUUUCAAAUGUUAUGUUUUGUGUUAUUUUACAGAUCCUAAUUAAAAACAAAGGCAGUUAUUUUGUCCUUUUAAGUCUAAUCCCCUUUAGUGGGAAUAGGGAAUCUCUAAUCCCCUUUAGUGUUCAAUUUAAAUUAUAAGCUUUUUAAUUUGUUUUAUGAUUACAGUAGACAAAGUAAAAGCUUUUCAGAAAAAGCUAUUUACUUCCAUAAUUUUGUUGUAAAAGUUUCAAUAUUCUAUGCUUAUCUGGAUCCUUAAUUUGUUUAUAAUUUUCUUGGUUCAAAAUCUUAUUUAGCUUUAAGAUUUUGAACCAAAAAAAUGGUUUAAUUUAAAAUUUUUACAUUUAUAGAUAAUUUUUCUUUCAUUCAGAAAUGAAAAUACAUUUACCAGGUAGGUUUUCAAGCUUCUCAUUUUGAAAAUCUCUAAUAGCUUUUAGAUGAUUAGAUAAAUAAUUUGCAAAAAUGAUUAGAAGAAAGAUUAACAAACUCUGUAGCCUUUAAAAGGCUCUGCAUCAGUUGUAGUGUUAAACUCUUAUCUACCAGCACUCACACCCAUAGGGGACCAAUGUCAUGAGGCAGGGGUGAAAAUCUACUUACCUCCCCUAUCAGUUCGGAAGCACGUGUGCCAUUUUCAAGUCCAAUUUUUGACCCUCUGCGCAUGCGCAGAGGGUUAAAAAUGGGUUACUUCCUGGUUAAAACCAGGAAGUAAUGAUGUCUAGGCGGGUGGGCGGAGCCUCGUGCUGCAACCAUUACUAGUUCGCCGAACCACGUGUCUCCAC